AUGACUGACGAUGAAAGAAGUAGUACUACUAGUUCGAAUAAUUAUGCCCGGGAUAAUUAUAAUGUUGGCGGAGUUCCCGUUCCCAUUCAGUAUACAAGAAGACACCAAAAUUUAUUUUUUGCUUAUGCUCAUGGCAGCAAUAAAUUUCAAAGGGGAGAACUUGGUUUAUCGAAUAGUUACUUGGAAGGCUGUUUGGUCUUCAACUAUGAUAAAGCUGUUAAAAUAAAAUCCGUAAUCCUCCACUUUAAAGGUAUCGAAAAGGUGGAAGGAAACGGACCAGGAAAUCGAGGUGGGACACGUACGUUUUCUAAUGUCCACGUCUUAGCAGAAAGACACAAAAAACUUGACGUCAAACUAUUAGAGAGAACAGCUAGUGGCGAACUUCCUUUUCAUUUUCCGCUGCAUUCAAACUUAUCCAGUUCCUUUGGUAUGAAGGUUGAACGUCCAAAAAAUGACAACGUAGUUGCUGAUUUUGCCAAAGCUCAAAUCAAUUAUACUCUCAGUGCAACCGUCGAAACAGAGAAAAGGUUCAUAAAUACAACGGAUUUAGUCGAGGUCAAUUGCCCGUUGAAGCAGAUAUUGGCAUUUUAUGAUAUUAUUCCUUUUACAAAAGUGACAGGUACCCAUUGUUCUCCAUCUAAUAGACCUCUACUCAAAUAUUCAUUCGAUAUUCCUGAGUAUUUAGGAAUCGGUACCGAAACUGCCAUUCCGAUAAGAAUUAAAUUAAUCAAAUCCAAUGUCAAAAUACUACGAAUCGAUGCGACAUUGAGGACGUGUGUGGAAUUAUCUUUAGAAAAUCAAGAGAAGAUGCCCAAACAAUGUGUUAAAGAUAAACACAAUAUAGGUUCUGAAGUAUUCAAUUCACAUACAGCUGAAAAUGAAGACGAAAUUUUGCAAAUGCUCCCUUUGUUUAUUCCAAAUAAUAUACAUGCUACUUAUUUUGGUACAUUCGUAAUAAUCAAACACAAACUUGACAUAAAAUUAAGACUAGAGGGAAGAGAUUUAGACUUACGCAAGACUGUUCCGAUAACAAUAGCGACAAUUAGAAAUCAAGAUCGCAUGAACACACUCACUACACCUCAAUCGGAUGUAAUUUCAUAUCAAGAUUUUAGAAGUGAGAGAAGCGCUUUACGCCAUGACGGUUCGAAUAGUUCAGAUUCCGUUAACGAAAAAAGAAGUAAUACUCCGGAUGAAAAUAAUGAGCAAACUCAGCAUCCUGGGUAUACAUACGAGGGAAAACGACGAAAUUCAGAAGUUUCACAGGUCUCUUCUAAACCGGGGGUAACUGAGAUAAAGCAACAGCAAUUUUCUUAG